CCCCGGUGUCGCCGCCGCCGCCCCGCGCAGCCCCGCCCCGGCCGCGAUCCGCCAGCGGGGCCGCGGGCUCAGCCCGCGCCGCAUCCCGCCACCAUGAGCUUCUUCGGGUUCGGGCAGAGCCCGGAGCUGGAACUGGUGCUGAGCGACGCCGAGAGCCGGCGGCGGGUGGAGCACAAGACGGAGGAAGGCAAGAAGGAGAAAUACUUCCUCUUCUACGACGGCGAGACCGUGUCCGGGCGGGUGGUCCUCACCCUCAAGAACCCCAACAAGCGGCUGGAGCACCAGGGCAUCAAAGUGGAGUUCAUCGGGCAGAUCGAGCUCUACUAUGACCGAGGGAACCACCACGAGUUCGUGUCCCUGGUGAAGGACCUGGCCCGGCCUGGGGAGUUCACUCAAUCACAAACAUUUGACUUUGAGUUCACACACGUGGAGAAACCUUACGAGUCCUACACGGGGCAGAAUGUGAAGCUACGGUAUUUCCUCCGUGCCACCGUGAGCCGCAGGCUGAACGACGUGGUCAAGGAGAUGGACAUCGUUGUGCACACGCUGAGCACCUACCCCGAGCUCAACUCCUCCAUCAAGAUGGAAGUGGGCAUCGAGGACUGCCUGCACAUCGAGUUCGAGUACAACAAGUCCAAGUACCACUUAAAAGACGUGAUUGUGGGGAAGAUCUACUUCCUGCUGGUGCGGAUCAAGAUCAAGCACAUGGAGAUAGACAUCAUCAAGAGGGAGACGACGGGCACGGGGCCCAACGUGUACCACGAGAACGACACCAUAGCCAAGUACGAGAUCAUGGAUGGGGCACCUGUGAGAGGGGAGUCCAUUCCCAUCAGGCUCUUUCUGGCUGGCUACGAGCUGACUCCAACCAUGAGGGACAUCAACAAGAAGUUCUCUGUGCGAUAUUACCUCAACCUGGUGCUGAUCGAUGAGGAGGAGAGACGCUACUUCAAACAGCAGGAGGUGGUGCUGUGGAGGAAAGGGGACAUCGUGAGGAAGAGCAUGUCCCACCAAGCUGCCAUCGCGUCGCAGCGCUUCGAGGGCACGUCCUCGCACGGCGAGGCCAAACCCCCCGGGCAGCCCGCCGAGAACAACGGCCGGCAGUGAGGCCGGGGGCGCCGGGAGCCCCCCAGCGCAGCGGCACCGAGAGGAGACCCUCAGAGACUUCACAGAAAUAAACACCCGGUUUUGACUUCAUUCCUUUCUUGGCGGGACGGGGCGGGAGGGCUCGGCCGGCUGGAGCUGGAGCUGGAGGUGCCACGGCGCUUCCCAACCCAUCCAUUCCUCCGGGGGCUGCCUGAUCUCCUCUGUGCCCCCCGAGCCUCGGCCUGGCGGGGAAGGAGAGAGCAAGUGAAGGCCCGGGCUGCCGUGUGGAGGGUGCCCUGGGGCUCUGCAGGAUGGAUGUUUUUCUUGCCUUUCCGAAAUCUUGCCUGAGGAAAACGGCCUGGUGAUAAGCUGGAUGCCAGAGGAGGGAUCAGAGACUGUGGCGUGGCCUGCUGGAAAUCUCCUGGUGGAAACCUUGUGGUGUCAUCCCCUCGCUGCUUCCCCUUCUUCCUCUUCGUGCUGGCGUUGGAUUCCUUGCCACAAGCAGUUGGAUGCUGGAGGUGACCAAGCCCUGGGACUGCCCCCCAGCCACGUGGAGCAGCGUGCUGUGUCCCACCAGGAGCUGUGGCUGGCAGGAGGGAGAUGUGGCCACAGGAGGAGGUGGCAUGGGGUGGGCAGAGCGGUGACAGUCCCAGCGCUGCUGUGUGGGCAGCAAGUGGGGGCAGGAAGGCUCCUGGCCACGAGCUGUGCAUUCCUCGUCUUGUCCCGAGAUCCACACUCCGGCUGCUGCUCUGGUGCAGCUCCCAGGGAGGUGUAGAGAGCAGCUCUGGAGCUCUUGGGGGCUCUCCUGUGGAUGGAUUUACUGCCCUGCCCGUGUCUGUGUGCUUGGGGCAGAGCAGGCUGGGUGUGGGGAUGGACAGCACUGUGGGGACACAAGGUGUGGUCUGGUUUGCUGCCUCGUGCCUGCGGGAUGAGGGUUAGUGGGGACAGAAGGUGGAUGCAGUUGUUGUGGGAGGCUCAAACAGGCCUGUGUGGGCUGCUGGAAGGAGCCAAGCAGCACCUGGAAGGGUGGCAGAGCUCUGAUUCCAGAGACACAUUCCUGAGGCCUGAGCUGAAGUCACCAGCGAGGUCUGAGAGCAUGCAGUGAACUGAGAACCUGAAUGUGGGUUUUCUUUUUUAAAAUAAGCUGCUUUUAGCCUUCAGCUAAGUAGACUCAUGAGAACAUUCCCAGAAGGAAGUCACUCCUCCAUUAAAAAUCAGAUGUGUAUUUGAUUGAAUUUGGAGAAUGUCCAUCCUGUCCAGCUGCCCUUCACCAAGCAGGCGGUGAGACCUGCUACCCAAGGGAGAGACCAGCCUGCACUGAGUGCUGGGAUAUGAGUUCUGUCCAGUGGGAUUUGUCUGGAUUUCCCUGAGUUUGUGGCUCGCUAGUUUGUCCAGCUUCCUUUUGGCUCUGGAAUCAAGCUCCUCUGUCCUACAGCUGAAUGUAGAGCAGCUGGGAAAUGGAAGUGUCUGCUUUGUUCAGUGCAGUGCUGGUGGAGGGAGCGGGGCUGGGGUGGGAAGGGGAGCUUUUUAUGUAAUGACAGCUGCUGUAUUUCAGUGAUAAAUGUGUGUUUCUGCUUGCCAAAGUAAGUUAUCUUUUCCUCACCACUGUAGGGUUGUGGUUUUUAGUAGAGCUGGCCAGUCUCGCUCUGUAGAGGACACUAAUGCUCUCAUCUCUGCUGAAUGCUCGUGUCACCCCCUGGUUCUGCUGUGCCCCACUGGAGACGUGGCUUGCUUGUCCCCCCACGGGGAGCCUGUGCCAUGGGCUGGGGCAAGAGCUCGUGCAGGCAACAAUCUCCUUGUGCCAGCCCGAGGGCUGGGGGCCUCUGCCAUGGCAAAGGACCCUGGUGCCACUCGGGACACUCCUCCCUCCCUCCCUCCAGGGGAGCUGGCUGUGCUGCAGCCAGGCACAAUCCUCCUGGCACAAGUCAGGCUCCUUUGGGAGCUCUUGGGGAUAGCAAACUGUUCUUGUAUGGCUGAGCUGAGCACAGCAGUGCCCUUGCAAUCUUCUUAAGCUUUCCUUCAGCUCCCUCCUUGCCUUUAUUCCUUUAUUCCCUUUAUUCCCCUGGAUUGUUGGUCAUGUGGUAGGAAAGAAGUUCCCUGGAUGGAGAUGUCUGCAUUCCAGGAGUGGUUUUUUUCCUGCCUGACUGGGUGUGAGAUCAUUUCCUGGGGCUGUAAGGACAUGGCUGUUCAACAUCUGUUCAUCAUUCCUGGAGGGUUCCUUUGGAAAAGGUGCAUCAGCCUGUACAUUGAUUUGGAGGAUCUUUCCUACCUUGUCCCCUCUCCCCCACCCAUGUCCCUGUGUGUGGAAACAGAAUCAGAAAUGUGCCCAUUUUUACUGAACCUGAUGGACCAUUCAGCAUGAGCCUGUACAGUGAUUUGGAGGAUUUUUCCUACCUUGUCCCCUCUCCCCCACCCAUGUCCCUGCGUGUGGAACCAGAAUUCAGAAAUGUGCCCAUUUUUACUGAACCUGAUGGACCAUUCAGCCUGUGAGCCACUGGGCCCUGUUUGUCUGGGGUGGAGCAGAUGUGCUGAGCAUCCUUAGAGAGAAGCUGGGUCACUGCAGGACAAGGCACUCCAGAGCAGCGUUUUUAGCAUGUCAAGGGGCAGAUGCUGCUCGAGCAGUCGUGUCCCCCUGAGCUGGUGGUUCUGUGCUGUACUUGGGUCAUUCCCUCCCUCCCAGGCAGAGGGGAGUGGGCAAGUACCAAACCAAGCAGUGCAAGUUGUAAUUAAGCCUCUGCUGUGUUUACAUGUUUCUUAAUUCGUCGUCUUUCCAAUGGCUGUAUUUUAAAACUUGGGUUUUUUUGGUCUCUCCAAUUAAAAAGAGCCAGCCCUGGCUGUCAAAUGCUG